GAGAGACCCGACCUCGAUUGAGCUCACGGCAGGGAGACAGAGAACGGCACUACCCACAGAAGAACAGCAAGAGAGAGAGAGAGUCAUAUACGAUUCUUCGCCAUAGUCGUCAGCUUAUACCUUCUCUCUCUGCAUUUCCUUCUCUUCCUCCAUUGAUUCUCUUCCGCUGCAGCACUCUUCAGUCAAAUUCGGUGGAAUGUCCCUCUUUGUGAUGUGCGCCUGAAGUCUCCGCGUGGCGAUUCAGUUUGCUUCCCUGAGGCGAGCUCGUUGGCGGUGAAGUACGAGCUGGGGUUUUGGGUGUUUGCGAGAUCGGACGGGCAGUGGUAGUCCGUCAUGCUGUCGAAUCACCUGCAGAACGGGAUGGAGACCGCCAGGCUGGUCUGGUCUCGCCUCCCGAACACGGAGGACGGCGAGUUCGAUGCCAUAGGCAUCUCGAAGAAGAGCGAUGGGAGCAGCGUCGAGAGUCUUGACUACGAAGUCAUCGAGAAUUAUGCCUACCGGGAAGAGCAGGCGCAGAGAGGGAAGUUGUUUGUCAUAUAUCAAGUGGCUGUAAAGUGGUUCUUCGCGUUGCUCAUCGGAAUUGGGACUGGAUUAGCUGCCGUUUUCAUCAAUAUAUCUGUAGAGAACUUUGCCGGAUGGAAGUUUUCACUCACUUUCGCAAUAAUACAGAAAUCAUAUCUGGCCGGUUUCCUAUUAUACGUUCUGUUCAAUUUGCUUUUAGUCUUGUCUUCUGUAUAUAUCGUCACGCAAUUUGCACCAGCAGCAGCUGGUUCUGGAAUUCCUGAAAUCAAGGGUUAUUUGAAUGGAGUUGAUAUCCAUGGUAUUCUUUUCUUCAGAACUUUGAUUGGAAAGAUAUUUGGAAGCAUAGGUUCUGUCGGAGGGGGUUUAGCUCUUGGUAAAGAAGGUCCUCUUGUCCAUACGGGUGCUUGUAUUGCGUCCUUGUUUGGUCAAGGUGGCUCCACAAAGUAUCAUCUAAGUUCCAGGUGGCUACAAGUUUUCAAGAAUGACAGGGAUCGGCGUGAUCUUGUAACUUGCGGAUGUGCAGCUGGAGUUGCAGCUGCAUUCAGAGCCCCAGUUGGUGGUGUUCUUUUUGCCUUGGAAGAAGUCACAUCAUGGUGGAGGAGUCAACUUAUGUGGCGUGUUUUCUUCACUUCAGCAAUUGUUGCUGUUGUGGUGCGUACAGCAAUGGGAUGGUGUAAAAGUGGAAACUGUGGACAUUUUGGCUCUGGUGGCUUCAUAAUAUGGGACAUAUCAGGUGGUCAAGAAGAUUACUCAUUUCAGGAACUACUGCCAAUGGCCAUCAUUGGGGUUAUUGGGGGUCUUCUAGGAGCAUUGUUUAACCAGCUUACACUUUAUAUAACUUCCUGGCGUCGAAAUUAUCUGCACAAGAAAGGAAACCGUGUUAAGAUAAUUGAAGCAUGUCUCAUCUCCAUUUUGACAUCAAUCAUAUCCUUUGGGCUGCCAUUGUUAAGAAAAUGCACUCCCUGCCCUGAGGCAGAUCCCAGUUCUAGCAUUGAAUGUCCACGCUCUCCCGGAAUGUAUGGAAAUUAUGUAAAGUUCUACUGCAGCAAGGACCCGGAGUAUAAUGAUCUUGCAACUAUAUUCUUCAAUACUCAGGAUGAUGCAAUAAGAAACUUAUUUAGUGCAAAAACAGUUCACGAGUUUAGCGCGCAGAGUCUACUAACCUUUUUGGUUAUGUUUUACACUUUGGCCGUUGUGACAUUUGGUUCUGCUGUUCCAGCUGGUCAGUUUAUCCCAGGCAUAAUGAUAGGAUCGACAUAUGGCCGACUUGUUGGCAUGUUUGUUGUCAACUUUUACCAGAAGCUUAACAUUGAAGAGGGAACGUAUGCUUUACUUGGAGCCGCUUCUUUUCUUGGAGGUUCAAUGCGAAUGACAGUCUCGCUUUGUGUAAUCAUGGUUGAAAUAACAAAUAACUUGAAACUGCUGCCUCUCAUCAUGCUUGUUCUUCUCAUAUCGAAGGCAGUAGGUGAUGCAUUUAAUGAAGGUCUAUAUGAAGAGCAGGCUCGGUUGAGAGGCAUACCGUUGCUGGAAUCAAGACCUAAGUAUGAGAUGCGUAAGAUGACGGCAAAGGAGGCUAGUGGAAAUCAGAAGGUGGUCUCUUUGCCUCGUAUUGCUAAGGUUGCUGAUAUUGUGUCUAUUCUGCGAAGCAACAAGCAUAAUGGCUUCCCAGUAAUAGAUCAUGCUAGAGGUGGAGAAACGCUAGUUAUUGGACUAAUGCUGCGCAGUCACUUACUGGUGCUUCUGCAGUCUAAGAUAGAUUUCCAGCACAGUCCUUUACCCUCGGAGCCUCGAGUUGGAGCCAGGCAAAUCAUGCACAAUUUCACCGAGUUCGUGAAACCAGUUUCCAGUCGAGGUCUAUCGAUAGAGGACAUACACCUAGGCUCUGAUGACUUAGAAAUGUACAUUGAUCUUGCCCCAUUUUUGAACCCAUCUCCUUAUGUUGUCCCAGAAGAUAUGUCUUUGACAAAGGUUUACAAUCUUUUCCGCCAGUUGGGAUUAAGGCAUAUCUUUGUAGUGCCCCGAGCCUCUCGUGUGAUUGGUUUGAUCACGAGAAAGGAUCUGAUGAUUGAAGAGCAGGAAAAUGGGGAGUUGGAUAACGUGGAGCUACAAUCGACCAGUGUAAGAGCUCGACGGCGGGAUAAAAGAAUGACAAGUGCAGAGGUGGAGGAUCCACUUCUCAAUGGCCUCCUCCAAAACCAUUCAUCUAGUAGAAGCUAAUAAAAGAUUAAAUGUAUUCUUCUUUUUUCUUUUUCUUUUUCCAAAUAUAUAUAGCAGCAUUUCAUUAGCCAUAGGAAUCGAGGUCCCUGAUUUUCUUCCAUUGAAAUUUACCCCCACCCGAUAAGGGGGAGAAGGAUUGCUCGAUUAAUUCUUUUGGAAGACUAUAAAAUUUUCCAUCAAGACGGCCGAGUUUGCUGCCAGUGUGCCCUGUAUUGACUUGACACUGCGAUCCAGCAGAACUGGUAUAUAAUAUUAUGAUGUGGAGAUUACGAAUUCAGUCUA